AUGCCAUCGACAACGUCCAAGUACACGUGGACUAUAUUCAUGGUCAUGAUCUUUGGCUCCUUAUCCUCCGCCGGAUUUGGGUUUGACCAGGCCUGGUGGUCAGCUAUCAUGAGCUUGGACCAGUUCUUGCAGACAUUUGGAUCAUAUGACGAAGGCCAGGAGAAAUGGGUUCUCUCCUCGAGAGAUCAGUCGAUUGGCACUGGUAUGGGUUACGUUGGUGUCAUUCUAGGCGUGAUAUGUGGCACGCCGUUGAAUGAACGAUUCGGUCGCAAGAUGACGCUCUAUAUCCAGUCCGUUGUGGUGGCAGUGGGUGUCAUCAUCGAGUCGACCUGUACCACGAGCUACGCACAAUUUGUUGUCGGGCGAGUGUGCUCCACCAUCACUACGAGGCUCAUGGCCGGUACAUACAACGCGUUCCUCAUGAUUGGCGGCUUGGCAGCUGCACUCAUCGUCUACCUGUGUCGCCAUAUCACUACCGACUGGGCCUGGAGAGUCGUCGUUGUGGCGCAAAUUGGUAUCCCUGCCGUGGGUUGGAUCAGCUUACCUUUCCUGCCGGAGUCACCGCACUGGCUCAUCAGACGAGGCCGGCUUGACGAAGCAACCAGUGCCCUUCGCCGACUCCGUGGCCCCGAAUUUCCUGCGGAAGAGGAGGUCAUAAUACUGCAACAGACACUGGAAGAAGAGCGGGAAAUGCGAGAGGCUGCCAGCUGGAAGGACUGUUUCUCUAAUGCGGUUAAUCUCCGCAGGACAGUCAUAUGUAUCGGGGCUCAGGUCUUCCAGCAGGCUCAGGGAAUUUCAUUCGUGGCGAACUACCAAGCUGUUUUUCUAUCCCAGAUUGGCUUUCGCGAAGUGCUUCUUAUGUCUGUCAUUGUAUAUGUCAUAGGCGUAGUAGCCAAUCUCUUAAGCAUGUUAACCGCUGACCGAUCCGACCGGCGCGGUGUCUUGCUUGGUGGUGCAGUACUCCUCGGUGCGUGUAUGAUGGUCAUCGGCGGGCUGACAACGGGGGGGCCGUCGCAUAUGUCACACUCGAUGCAGGUCGCCGCGGUUGUCAUGUUGAUGCUCUGGUUCUUCUGCUUCCAGACCACCUGGGGCCCGCUUGCCUGGGUUAUUACCUCCGAGGUUCCGCCAACCUCCGUCCGAGAGAAAAUGGUUACGCUCUCUGGGUUUUCAGCCUACGGUGUAGGUUUGAUCAUUGUAUUUGUGAACCCGUACACACAAGACGCUAUUGGUGGUAGCGUUGCCUUUAUCUACGGAUCAUUGUCGGUCCUAGGGUUCCUAUUUGUGUUUUUCUUCGUCCCCGAGCUACGGCAGCGAAGCCUGGAGCAGAUUGACGAAAUGUUCAAUGAGCAAUUGCCAACUCGGAGGUUUGCGUCGUACGUGUGCAAGCGUCCUAGUGAAGGACGCGCGGAGAAAGAAAUCGAAACCGUGGAAUAUACCGAGAACCUUCCUUGA